AUGGACACUCAUUGUGAAGUGAAGGAUAAGCUAAUCUCGGGAUUAUUUCAAGUAUUACCUUCUAGCUACAUACAAGGUAUUAUUGAUACCAUUUCUAGACCGGUUCUUCUCGCUGUAGUGUCUAAUGGAACUUCGCUAUACCAUAAAUACUUCCUCGAUGCACUAUUUAGAAAUAUCCGUGUUGGAUUGUUAGAAAAACCCUGGCAUAAGAUAAAAGUUAGAAGAUGUAAGAGAAUUGAGUUGUUAAAAUUCGAAAUUCUCCUUGAACAUACAAAUGAUCAUGGCAUAUUGGUAAAUGGCUCCCAAACAUUGCACACCUUACGCGAAGCAUAUCCCCUUCUACGCUUUCGAAAUGUCGAGGUAGAAGUCGAAAACGAAAUAGAAGGAUCCCAAUAUAGAUACAAUACAAUAAUCAAGCAGGAAGAAGAUUUGAAUAACUUGACGCUGGGCGAUAAUUUGCAGGCUAUUCAUUUCGAUUGGCCACCUGAUCGAAGGAACUUCCCAUUAAACUUGAAGAAACUUCUGUUUGUAUGUCUCGAAGAGCCCCACAAUUUUGAUGCUCUGGAAUUCAUAAACAAAUUACCGACAAGACUUGAGGAUCUAGAUGUUGAUUGUAAAGAUAUGCAUAUAGAAUUAGAACAUCUAUCAUUAUUGCCAUCGACAUUACGAGUACUUCGCUUGCACAAUUGCUUGAAAAUACAAGGAGAAGAUAAAUUAAUAGUUGAUUUUCCACCUCUUCUCGAAAUACUUGAAAUUCUGGGUUACGUUGGUAGUGGUGAAUGCCUAGAUAUAUCUCAUUUGCAGAAGUUGACUCUGGUGACACUUCUGAAGCACUUAGUAUUCCAUCUUCCAACCCAAGUACGGAGACUUAAGCUUGUUUCCGUAUGUGACCUCGUAGGGUUGGAUCAACUUUCUGAGCUUGUUAACUUAGAGAGUCUCAAGAUAAGUACAACAUCCAGAAUACUUGAUAGAAUAGUAGUUCCACAAAAUGUAAAACUCCUAAGUAUAGACAAUUUCGAUGAUUCUGUGUUUUCGUUGGAAUUUAAAGCAAACGAAUAUCACCCAACUAUAAGGCUAGAUGAGCUCAACAGAUUUUUGAGAGUGGGUACACCUUUUUCAGCUUUUGAGGUUCCUUGUGUUUUAGGUGGUUUGAGGAUUUUGAAAAUGUUUAGAGGAACACGCUUAUCAAAAUGCUUUUGGAAUGCAAUUGAAAAUUUGCCAGAGUUAAAGGAAUUAACUAUUAACUACUACGACAUUCAUUCUUGUCCGAAUCAAUUUCCUCCUAAAUUGAGCGUCUUAGACCUUUCUCGCAACAAUAUUUCUGAAAUUUCAAUUUCGAGUCCAUUGAAGAAGCUUGUGCUUGAAGGUAACAACUUCAACAGUAUCUCUAAGAGAACGUUACAGCUACCAGCGACUUUAUGCGAACUAUACCUUAACAACAACUCGAUAAAUUGCUUCGAAAAAGCAUAUGAAUUUCCUCGUAGUCUUCAGAUCCUAGAUUUGCGUGAUAAUAAAGACUACCUAAUCGAAGACAUUUUCAGGAACUUACCACCACAAAUAGUUAAGUUACUGGCAUCAUGCUUGAGUAACAAGUUUGGACGGACUUUAGUUGAAGUAAGCAGUAAGACGCUUUGGCAUGUUUAUUUGGAGGGAGGAGUCGAAGAAAGCUCCAUGAAAUGGCAGUUCAAUUGGAGCGAUUGCUCUAAUCUACAAUAUAUUCAAAUAAGAGAUGUAGAAUUAGAGAGUAUUCGACUAGAUUAUUUUCCAUCUUCGUUACAAAAGAUUAAUUUCACAAAUACAGGAAUAAGAGAGAUACAAGGGGACUUCGGGAGUUUGCCCAACUUGAUUGAUGCUCUGUUCGAAAACAACCCUCUACAGGAGUGGCUAGAGAAGAACGAAGAUAAGGUGCCACCGAGCGUGGCAUUUGAGAUAGAGCGACCUGCUCUUACGACCUAUUUGAUAGAUUGGCAGUACAAUAUUUAA